UAUUGAUGGUUUAAGCAAUUGUAACACCUGUUUGACUGCCGCUCUUUUUUUGGGAGAGCACAGACCCUGUACGUUCCAAGACAUAAUUGUGUUACUCAUUUGUAACUUCGCGGACCCUUUUUCCUAGCAGACCUUGAAGAAUGAUCCACUGGGAUAGAUGGCUGAUGAGCAUUAAAGUUCAGUCUUUGAGCUUCUCUCAAUAACCUUUUGGGAAUUACAGGUUGGAGAUUUUUCAAAUAAGAAAGGGGAGAGGAGGAGGGGGAUACAAGAGGAGGAGGGGAUUGGGGGAUGAUGUAGCACUGGUAGAAAGGGAUAAGGGAGAAGAAUUAGGGGAUUCAGAGGGGGUAAGCAUGGGACACUAACAAUGGGUUUCGUUGAGGCCAAAUCACAAACAGUUGGUAGUGAAGUUUCUAGUAAAAUUUUGAUGGAAUCAUCAAAAAGACUAGGGACAUCAGAUAGUACGUCAUCGAGAUGUGUUAAAGGUAAAUUAGGAUUGUAUGAAGCAAUUGGUGUUUCUGAAAUGCUUUUUGAGAUUGGGUCAAUUGGGUCAAAAAUAGCUAAGGCAAAAUUUUCAGCAGGAAGGGGAUUUUUGGAAGGGAAAACAAAAGAUGAAUUAGUUUUAUCAAUGGGACCAUCUCUAGAAAUAAGAGCGUGGAAGACAGAGUGGGAGGUGGGGAGGUCGGAUGCAAAAUUUAAGUUUAUGCAAGAACCCAACGAGAUUAAUCAAAGAACACUGGUUUUUCUCUUUUCGUUGAGUUAUGUGCCACUGGAUUUUAAGUCCGAAAAUUUUCCGAUGUUUCAGGUCAUCAAAGAACACUCUUACCUCAUUGACGCAAAACGCGUAUUCUCUUCUGACUCUGGAGAUGACAAUCCACUGGAUUGUAUUCUUUCGAAAAUUACUGUUGCUCAAGCAUCUAAAUUUCUUAUGUUGGUUUGCUUUCAGGUGCCUGGCUCUCAUUAUUAUUAUGACAUGUCCUAUUGCGAAGAAGUCUGCACUUUUAAAAAUCUACAAACAGCUAGUACAUCAUCCACUGCAGUUUCAAGGGAGGGUUGUUCGAUAGUCUUUGAGGAAGAUACUGCUGAUAAAGUUAUGACGCUUCUUGACAUUUCUGCCGGUUGUGGUGGGAUGUCCACAGGCUUGUGCAUGGGUGCAGCUGCAUCCAAUGUCAACCUUGUCACUAGAUGGGCAGUAGAUUUUAACGAAGACGCUUGCGAAAGUCUUCGCCACAAUCAUCCUGAGACUGAGGUUCGAAACAUGAAGGCCAAGGACUUUUUACAUUUGCUUUAUGAGUGGAAAGAUCUCUGUUCUCGUUUUCAUUUGUUGGGGACUGAUUAUAACAAAACAAAAAAACCAACUAAGAACAAAGGGAAGGAAGAAACUGAAGAAGAGGCGCAGAGACGUCCUCCGGAUGAAAACGGAGAGUACGAAGUGGAGAGGAUAAUUGGAAUAUAUUAUGGAGUCAACCCCGAUACAGAUGAAAGGACUCCUGCCUUACACUUUAAGGUAAAGUGGAAGGGGUGGGGUUCUGAUUGGGACUCCUGGGAGCCUUAUUCAGAGCUUACGAAAUGUGAGGACUGCAUAGAGGAAUUUGUUACUGAUGGAUACCAAUCUAAUAUAUUGCCUCUUCCUGGUACUGUUGAUGUAGUAUGUGGUGGACCCCCCUGCCAGGGAAUCUCUGGGUUCAAUAGGUUCAGAAAUUAUGAGGAGCCUCUAAAGGACCCCAAAAAUUAUCAGCUUGUUGUAUUUAUGGAUAUUGUUAAGUUUCUUCAGCCAAAGUUCACUUUGAUGGAGAACGUAGUAGACCUUAUGAGAUUUUUGGGUGGAACGCUUGGUCGGUAUGCCAUGGGGAGGCUUGUCGCAAUGCAGUACCAAGUCCGUCUUGGGUUAUUGAUAGCUGGAAGCUACGGGCUACCACAGUUCCGUAUGCGCACCUUUCUUUGGGGUGCCAAAAUGACAGAGAAACUCCCACAGUUCCCUCUUCCUACCCAUAAGGUUAUUGCUCGUGGGUAUAACCCUAAGGAGUUUGAGCGAAAUGUUGUAAAGGGGGAUGAAGCGUAUACUCUGCAGCUGAAGGAUGCGUUGGUUCUUAAAGAUGCAAUUUUUGAUUUGCCUAAGAUUACAACGCAUGAAAUCCGGGAUGAGAGGGACUAUGGUAAUGAUAUUCCUACGACAGACUUGACAGACUUUCAGAAAAUGAUUCGCUUGCCAAAGCACAAGUUGAUGGGGUCAGCUUACCCAGAGGAAUCAGUGACAUUAAAGCUUUUUGACCACAGGCCUCUAAAACUAAGCGAAGAUGACAAUCUUCGGGUUUCUAUGAUCCCCAGGGUAAAGGGCGCAAACUUCAGAAACCUCCCUGGAGUGAUUGUUGAUGGGAACAAGGCAUGUCGUGAUCCAAAUAUGGCCAAAGUAAUGAUUGCAAAAUCUCGAAAGCCAUUGGUGCCUGAGUAUGCUAUAAAAUUUGUUAGGGGAACUUCCAAAAAGCCAUUUGGAAGACUCUGGUGGGACGAAAUUGUCUCCACUGUUGUUACGCGUGCCGAACCACAUAACAAGAUAAUAUUGCAUCCUGAACAAGACCGGGUAUUAUCAAUCAGGGAGAACACUCGUCUUCAAGGUUUUCCAGAUUUUUAUCGUCUGUUUGGUACAGUGAAGCAGAGGUACAUGCAAGUAGGUAAUGCAGUGGCUGUACCGGUAGGAAAAGCUCUAGGAUUUUCUCUUGCAAGGGUAGUAAACAAUACUUCUGACAGUGGACAGGUUUUUGAACUCCCUCCAUCCUUCUCAAGAUGA